UAACAACAACUUUUUGCUCUACAUUGUCACUUUCUAAGGCGCGCCGUGUGCUCCUGCAUGCACUAGUUAACAAACUGCUUCCGGUUAGUUUUGAAUCAGCCUUAUUUCCCCUCUCGUUCGGAGCUGGCACAUUUUUGCUGGCUUCCCUGUCCCUCCCGAGUCACUGCUUCCUUCCCCCCACAAUCACCUCUCCAGCUUCCCGUGGUAGUGCCCACCGUCUUGACCCAAACAACACACCCCGGAGCUUCUAGCUUUCCCUCUCUUCCCGAAAUCACGCUAAAACAACCUGCUCUCAAGACAUCAAAGCUGCCUGCAUAUUUACAAUGGCUGUCGAAACCGCUCCCACGUCUUCCCCCGUGGCCAUUUCCGAAUUAACUAAAAUAGCCACCGAGGCCUGCGACUUCGUUCUGAAAGAUGUCACAGAAUACGAACACUCUCGGGUCGCAGACUGGAACUCGCACAUAAUCAACACAAUUCUCAAAGCCCUAAUCAGCGCCACGGCCCCAUCUACUGCCGCCUCUUCUCCCCCUUACCGCUUCGUUGUGAACAGCACAAUCGUGCAACAAGGCGUUAUCGACAAGUCCGCCGCUGCGGACGGCACCACCGCCAACGCCGGCAAACGCGGGAUGCACUCCGCCUCGGGAGCAUUCUGGGACGUCAAUCGCGAUGGAAUGUGGACAUUCAAGUACCCCGGCGCCGAGGAGAGGGGCUUGGAUGUUGUUGUCAGUGUGACGUGGUUUGCAGUUGUCUAAACUUCUCAGCACAACAUCAGCGUUGGGAAGUACCUGCGCGCUGGUACUGUAUCCUAAUAUACAAAGGAUUCAUUUCUGGCUCAGAUCGGUAACUGGUCAGCCAGAGCCAUCGCGUGGUGCUUAGUUACAUCAGUUAGAACGUGGAUAGAUUAUCUGUGUUUUGGCUUAAUUUUCCUUCUUGAACAUCACAAGUCCGAUUUUUCUGGGGCCGUGAUUCUGAUCGUGCUACACGAUGGAGAAUGAUACCAUGGUUUCUGUUGUUGUAUUAUUUCAAUAUUGAGGCUAUUUCCAAGGCGUUGCAGAUCACCUCCCACCGCCGACUAAAC